GAGAGGCGCCUGGGGAGCAGGAGGUGUAGGAAAGCAAACACACCUGUGCCUAUUGUGGCCAAGCAAGAACAAGUCUGUGCCAGAGAACAAGUAAUGCCAGCAGUGGCCAGAGAAGCAGCACAGGUGGGAAGGACAUGGCUUGCAGGGGGAUCAGCGUUUGCUCCCAUCUGGGAGAGAUGGUGGCUGUUCUCUCGGUUCAAGAUCCCCACCAGGCCACCCUGUGCAAGAACAGCAACAGCCUUCACCUCCAAAGCUCCUUCCUCACCUCUAAAGCGGCACAUUCAUGGGAAGAAAGGAGCUCAGCACCCUUAGCCAGAGAAAAGGUACUUCAAAGGCUGGCUUAAGAUCUGACAAAUUUGCCAAACAUCCCAAAUCCAGGCCAGGAUCUCGCUGCUCUCAGGCACAGUGAGAACACUUGGAGCUGCCGUCCUCUUUAAGCUCAUCCACUCUCACAGAGUGGAUGAGAAAAGCUUUGUAUGAAGCUUCUGUAUGUCAGAAGAAAUUACUGCUUUUGCAUCAUUAGUACAAGGUAAAGCAAGUUAAUGAUUCAUCCCACACAAUACAAAUACACCUUCAUCUUCAUUAAUUGUACUUUCUCACAGGAUCUCAUUCCUGACAACCCCACAGUUCACAGGGAAUUUGUGUCUGGGCCCCUGACAUGCCUACAGCAGGAGAGCAAAGAAACGAGGCUGAAGAUGGCAGAAAACCUCCUGUUAAUCAUUUUUCAUUUUAAAGAGCUUACAAUGUUCUUGGUCUGUAGAGACAAGACCAACCCUUGCCCAGCCAGACUCCUGCUCUUCCCACAGGGCUGAGGGGACCCAAAGAGGCUGGAGAGAGAAGGGAAGGGAGACAGACCUGCUCUUCCAGCACAGCCAACCAAGGUUUUCUUAGGGACACUGGUUUCCAAAAAAUGUGCAACAGCUUAAAAAAAAACACCCAAAAACCACCUGGGUUUAUCCAUCUUUUCCCUACAAAGCCAUGCCACUCUUGGUUGGAGGUAUCACAAGAUCAGGAGCCAGGUCAGUCCUUGCAGCAAGGGGCUGUCCUGCCCAGGAUGAUAAGAAAUGAAAUCAGAGCUCAAGGGUGAUGUUGCAAUGCCAACAAAGAGGAGGGGGCUGGCUGGACACUUGCAUACCCAGACUGGGACCCCAUCAGGCUCCCCAGUGUCUUUGGGCCAGGUGUAGGGACCCAUCUUCAAACCAAGGAGUCACAACUGCCCUCUGUCCGAGCAGAAAGCCACCUCAGAGGUACCCACCUCCCAGCAGAAGACCUUCCACGGACCUGACCCCAACACAGCGCUGGCCUCCUUCCCAAAGGAGACAGAGGUGCCCCGGACUGUGUCUGGGAGCCCACCCUUGGGUGGCUGUUGUGCAACGGCAGUGUGUAAUCAGAAGGUAAAUAACAGCGUGCACCCUCAAAGCACCAGCAGAGCUGCAUGGGCAUUGGCUUCCCUGCCCUCACGUGGGGUGGUGCUCACCUGCCAGAGUUUUUGGAUGCUAUUCCUUUAAGGCACAACAGGUGGAAAUGCAGGGCUAGAGGUACAAGGAGUAUUUAAAACAGCCUGGCACGGCCAGAGCCUGUGUCCGGCUGUGGCAGGGAGGCAGGACACUCGCAGAAGGUCCUGGGCUGGGCCACCGAGACACCAGCAAACCCAGGAGCGUUCUGGCUGAAAGGAAAAGCAAGUACGAAACAGUCUGCAGAAGUAACUCGGAGUGGAAUGCAAGAAAAAUGCCUGCACUGGCAUUCGUCUUGCUGCUCGCCUUCCUCCCAGCUGAAACUGUAAGCAGCAGAUACAACCCCAAGGCAGCAAUCUCCAGCCCUGUGGUGGGCCCACAGCAGGUAUACGGUCUGCUCAACGGGUCGGUUACCAUCAAAUGCUUCUACCCUCCCACCAGCGUGAACAGGCACGACAGAAAGUAUUGGUGUAGGGAAUCGACCACGGGCUGCAUAACUGUUGUCUCCACCAACGGCUACACUGCUCCAGGCUACCAAGGCAGAGUCUCCAUCACCAACUACCCGCAGGCAGAACACUUCCAGAUUAACAUCUCUGCGCUUACAGCAGCGGACACAGGCACCUACCAGUGUGGCAUUGGUAUCAAUGGCAGAGGGCUCUCCCACAAAGUCAGUCUGGAUGUUUCUGAAGGGCCACACAUACCCGAGGGAGCAGAGCUCUUCUAUGUGAAGCUGCAUGGCACCGUGACCAUGUCCUGCAGCUUUGGGAAUAACAGCGCGAGCAUGAGGAAAUUCUUGUGCAAGAUGGAGAAAACCAGCUGCCGUACCAUCGUCGAUAGCAGUGGUGACGUUGACAAGGACUACAUAGGGCGAGUUCUGCUGAGCAACGAGGAGCUUCCAGGCUCCUUCAGCAUCGUGAUAACUCAGAUGGGCUGGGAAGACUCUGGCUUGUACCUGUGUGGGGUUGGCGUCUAUGGGGAACAAGGAGAAACAAAGCAACUGGACGUGCAUGUCUAUGAGGAGGCAAACUCUCCCCAAAGAACGCUCACAGUAACUGCAGUAAAAGGAGGUUCCGCAACUUUUCAAUACAACUAUAUACCUAUCAAAAAGUCCUCAGAGAAGUACUGGUGCAAGUGGAGAAACAACGGGUGUGCUCGGAUCAUAGACACCUCUGGGUUUGUGUCGGGCUUGUAUGAAGGAAGGGUGGCCAUGUACGACAGCCCAGUGAACUACACGGUCACCAUCAUCCUGAACCAGCUGAAGGAGAGUGACAAAGGCUAUUACUGGUGCAUGACAGAUGAGGAGAAGGAGCAGCAAUCAUCAGCUGAGCUGAAGAUCAUUGAAGGAGAACCUGGGCUGCAGGGAAAGAAGGAAGUGGAGGCACGAGUGGGUUCACGGGUUGAUUUAACUUGCUCUUACGGAUGCAAGUACUACUCCUACCAGAAGUACUGGUGCAAGUGGAGCAGCACCAGUUGCACCCCCAUGCUUGCUACUGACCAAAGGCAGCCGGGGCCAGACGUUACCUGUGACACUGACAACAAGACGGUUAUCCUGAGCUUCAACUCGGUGGCAAAGACAGACGAGGGGUGGUACUGGUGUGGAGUGAAGCGCAACGGCCUCCUUGGGGAAACCAUGGCAGUGCACCUGUGGGUGACUGAAGAUGCGGGAAGCAGCACCAACCGCAACCUGGAUGCUGACCCGGAGCUCCUGAAUGUUGACCCCCCCGGCCACACCAAGAGUGACUUCAUUCCCCAAGAGCGAGCCUCCAGCGAUGCUGGGGUGCCAAGCGCAGAUGCCUCAGGAAGCUCUGAGCAAAGCCAUGGCCCCAACGCACUUGUUUUAAGUUUGAGCUGUGCUGGCGCCGUGCUCCUGAUCCUUGUGGUAGCUUUCGUCAUUUUUAAAUACCGGCAGCUGAAGAGAUCUGACCUGGUGUCCGUUGGGAGCUACAGGACGAACAUCAGCAUGUCAGACUUCGGAAGCGUGAAGGAGUACAGCGCAACCAAUAACACCUGCGUGCCAGAGAGCCAGGAGACACGGAUAGGAGAGGACGAGCUCAUCACCGCCGCAGCCCCCCCGGAAAGCACGGCCGAGACAAAGAAGGCAAAAAGGAGCUCCAAGGAGGAUGCUGACCUCGCCUACUCCACCUUCCUCCUCACCUCCAGCAGCAAGGCGCAGGGCGGCACUGGGGGGGACAGCACUGCCCUGGCUGUGCCCCCCCCGGCCUGGGAGGACCAGAUCUGAAGGCGAGAGACUGAGGUGGCAGCAACUGGGACCAGCUCUACCUCAAGGAUCAGAGCAAGACAUCAGCCAGCAGCGCUGUCUAUUGCUACCACGCUUUGCUAUAGCUUGACCUUUUUUUGCUUAAAUGCAGCUUCGAGGGGUGAUUUAGGAGGAAUCGUUGGAUGCCAAGCGGGGUGGCUGGGCUGGAGGCGUGGGUCUGAGCGAGCAGGUGGGACUGGGAAACGGCAGGAGCCCCAGUGGCUUAACCCCCCGACACCCCCAGCCCCACCAACACCCUUCUAACACAGUGGGCUCUCAGAGGCCAGAAGGCAAAUUUUUUGAAAUUCUCAUUUUCUUUCAAAGGCAGCUGGAAAACCCUCUAGACCGGCGUCUCAUGCUUUCGAUUCCUCUAAGCUUGCUCAUCCAGAGGGCAGUACCCGCAGACCAGACGUGGUCUGAAGUGGUUUUAUGCACAAACAAUAAAGAAUAGCACUGGCUUUCAGCAGA